UCACUACAAAUAAAAAACAAAACAAACAUGGACGAAUAAGGACACGACAAAGUCAUGCGUCCUGCACUGUCGGUCGGGUUGGUUUAUUAGUAGUAGUUUUGCAUCCAUGUUCUAGGUUAAAACACGCUUUUAUACAUUUAUUCGCUGCGGUAUUUUAAUUAUCGCCGCUAUUUCCUGGCUUCCCGACCAGAAAAAAAAAAAAAAACAUGGCUUACUCUCAGAUUUUGAGACUCCUGCACAGACAGCUGAGACAAACCCCGACCCAGCUCUGCGUGCACCGAUGCUACGUUGUGCACACGCACAGGACGGCGUCCGCGGCCCCAGGACGGGUCCGCGUCGGCACCGAGCUCUCUUCCCUCUGCUGGCUCCCUGCAGCCCAGAGGCACCAGGUCCUGUCUUUCCACUGCGCGGCCAGAAACAGAAGCGGCCCCGAGGACAGGGGCAAGUCGGUGUCCAGGUUUCAGAGCGGGACCCCCAAACCUUCAGCUGCAAAGAAAGUGAAAGAUGCCGGAAGAGAUUUCGUCUACUUGAUAGUAGUUCUCGUCGGGCUGGGAGUGACAGGUGGGCUGCUUUACGUGGUGUUCCAGGAGCUGUUUUCCUCCUCUGGCACGAACAAAGUCUACAGCAGAGCCUUUGACAGAGUCAAAUCCCACCCAGAGGUGAUCGGUGCGUUCGGCGAGCCAAUCAAGUGCUACGGGGAGACCACCCGUCGAGGAAGGAGGCAGCAAGUCAGUCAUGCGGAGUACCUGAAGGAUGGACUGAAACAUAUGAGGCUUAAAUUUUACAUUGAAGGCUCAGAGCCAGGCCUGAAAGGAAUUGUGCACUCCGAGUCCAAAGAGAACCCUGAAACUGGAAAAUUUGAAUUUCGUUAUAUAUUUGUGGAAAUAGACUCCUACCCUAGGAGGACCAUUAUUGUGGAAGACAACAGAUGAGAAAGGUUUAUACGACUUCGCAGCAUUUGAAGACUGAAAUAGUGUCUACCAAAGAUUGUAGGUGUUUGUCACUGGGUGAAAACAUUUCUCUUUAAUUUUUGCAACAGUUGUGGUUGAUAUAAAGUCAAUUGUUUCAAAACUGUCUAACAAAGUGAAAUGUCUUACAAAUAGGUUUUUGGGGGGUGCUGAAAUUGUAGAUUUUAAUUGUAAUAAAAUUUCUUUUUUUAAAAAUGCC